AAACCUGAAAAAAAUUUAAUCAUGGCGGAUUGUGCUUGGGACAGCGGAUUUUGAAAGGAGAGCUUGUAAUUUUUCGAAAUGUUUUAGUGUUAUACUGAAUAAGUUCUCAAUUUUUAGUUAUGAUUUAGUUUCUUAAGCCACAAGUGACUUUUGUCCUAUCCGUGUUUGCUUAGUGCCAUAAAACCAGACUUGUUUCGGGUCUGAACAUCUCCACUUCCUUUGUGAUCCAAACCUCUUGUAAAAAUGUGUUAGUGAGAAGUAUAUAGAGAACAUAACUAAAAGCCAUAAAGUGAGUGAUAAUAGGUGUUGAAAUCCUUGUAGGAAUCAUGAAUAUUAUUCAAGUGCAUCCUUUUUGACAUAAAACCGAACAGUGACCUAAAGGUAACCUCAAAUUCCCUAGGUUCUGUCUAAAUGCUAGCCGCUUAUGAUGUAAUAAUGGUCGAGAUAGGAACACCGCAAGCUGGCGAAGAUUGCUUAGAGAACGCCGAAUGGUAUUGGGGUGACAUUACAAGAGAUGAGGUGAACGAAAAACUCCGAGACACAUGUGAUGGCACUUUCCUGGUCCGCAACGCGUCCAACAAAGGCAGCGGCUACACCCUGACUGUAAGAAAAGGGGGCACCAACAAGCUCAUCAAAAUCUACAACCAAGAUGGCCGCUACGGCUUCUGCGAGCCCUUUGAGUUUAUAUCCGUCGUACAACUCGUCCGGUUUUACACGGAGUACUCGCUGGCACAUUGCAACAGCAGUCUGGACAUCAAGCUCAUGUACCCGCUGUCGAGGAACCAAGAGAAUGAGGCUGGGGAAAGCUUCAACGAUGAAACACUCGAAUCUCGCUACAAGGAGAUACAUAAGGAGUUCCUGCUUAAAACUAGGGACUACGAUGAGCGAUCCGAGAAGUAUAUACGACUGAGGGAAGAGGUCAAGUUUAAGAAGCAAGCUCUGGAUGCUUUUAAGAAGACGGUGAAGGUUUGUGAGGAGCACUUGAAGUUGCAGGAGAAGAUGCAGUGUGAGGCCGAGCCGCAUGAAAAGAAUGAUCUGAUAGAGAACAACAAACAGCUGAGCUCGAAGGUGAAUAACCUGAAGCAGGCGCGGGCGCAGCUGCACGGGCUGCUGAAGGAGUCGGUCGAGUCCAAUCUGCUGCUGGAAAGAGAGAUGACCAAACUCAAGCCGGAGAUCAUCAACUUGUACAAAAUGAAGGACCAUCACAAGGCCUGGCUAAGAAACCGCGGCAAAACGGACCAAUACCUGCGCGGGUUAGAAGAGGACAACAUGAUCCGCCGGGACGACCUCGCUGCUCACCACGACAUCAACACGUGGAAGGUCGACAACUGCACCAGAGCCAUGGCGGAGAAGCUUCUAGACGGAAAGAGUCAGGGAACCUUCCUUAUCCGACCGAACUCGACCGGACAGCUGGCGUUGUCGAUAUGCUGCAACAACAUGGUGUAUCAUUGUAUCAUCUAUGAGACUGAGCGAGGGUACGGGUUUGCUGAGCCGUAUAAUGUUUACAAGACUCUGCAAGAGUUGGUCCUGCACUACGCAGUGAACUCUCUCGAGGAGCACAACGACCAGCUGCGAACCACCCUCAAGUAUCCGGUCUACGCCUCCCGCCCACAGAAGUACAACUGAGCACACAGGAGACAUUUCUAUAUUGUGAUAUGAAACUGCCUAUAGGCAACCCUAGAUGUCCCCGCCCAAGUGAUAACCAGACACCGGUGAGCUUAAAUCGGAGUUACUUGUUUUUAAAUACUUUAUAUUCUAUGGGCUAUGGUCCAUUUUAAAAUCCAUAUCUCUAUGGUGAUUUUGAAUCUUUGAGACGACUGAAGUCACUCUUUCUUAUGAUGUUUGUAUGAGGUGCACACUUUCUGGCCGGCUAACAACGAAACGUUACGUCCAAUUUUUGUUUGGCCGCAUUCUUGAAUUGAAUUUGAAAGGGUAUCUGUAAAUAAGUUUGUGCGUGUUCUUUGUAUGUAUGGUAGUAGUUGUAGGUGAUAUGUGUCUUCUAAAAAUCAUUGGAUAUAAGUAUUUGAUCGUGAAGAGGUUUGUCGAAUUGAGUCUAGAAAUGAUAAGUCGGUUGAGAGCUAGUGCAUUCGGAAGGAAUUUAGAUAGGUUCUACAAAAUAAUGCUCAUUUCAUAUUACUUUGUCUCGACGAGCUAGAGACGACAAAUUUCUACAAAAAAAUUAAAGUAUUUACUCAAAUUAAGUGAUGUUACGAAGUUGGAAUGUUAGUGGAGCAUAGUCGGUGCAUUAGUAUGUUACAAUGUCUCGCUUGCUACGUCUUUGUUCUUCCUUUAGGUACGGUUUAAAAAACGAAUGGGGCCUUUGGUUACAAUUGGAUUAUUGUAGGUAGGAAUACGGAAAGAUGAGUUAAGCUUUAAGUCUAUGCGAUGAGGUAAGAUUAAAAGGUAUGUCUUUCCAUUCGGAUGUCAGAAUUAUAAUAUGCUAAGAAAUAUGAUAAACAUUGUGAUUAGAAGUAGUCGUGGAAUCAAUUUUAUGUAGCGUACUCGACGUGGGGAGUGAUAAAGUAUUGAGUUUUAAAUUAUCGUAUCUUGUUUUAACUUGGCGUCGAAAUGUAAAGAAACGAGUACUUUUCUUAUGUAGGUAUUUUUCGUGGUCUACAAAAACAUAUUUGAAAUUCGUACGUCGUUUUGCUAUUAUUUUAAGUCAUGAAAUCUCGCCGUUGUUAUUGCAAUUAUCUAAUGAACAACUUAUUAUGUCUAUGUCAACCAUGUGCAUUACCUACCUAUAUCCUUUUCUGUAUCUGGAACCUUGGUAUAUGUUCAGCUUAAAAAACUACAGUAAAAAGGUAUUUUAGUCCGUUGUUUGCCGUAUCGGCUCAACCGAUUUAAGGAUCCUGUGAGAAAUAAUUACAAUAUUAAACCCAUAACCUGCAUUCAACCCAAUUUGUUUCGAAUAAGUACCUUAUAUCAUAACUUUUGGGUUAAAUACAUAAAGCGUUGAUCCGCUUCAGAUAUUAUUUACGAUAUAGGUAUCUUUACAUAGCUAUUAUACGACCUAGAACCUUCAAUCGUCGUUUGAAAUUAUAUAUUUUAUCACAUGCAAAUAAAAGUAGGACGCGAACGACUUGGGUAUAUCAAAGAUCGUAUAAUCUCUUCUGAUAAGGUUUCCCUGCAAAAGGAUUUAUUGUAAUUUGCAAACGUUUACGUACCCUGUCUAUUUGAGGCGGUUGAUCUGUUAUUUAGCAAUUACCAUUUCAACAUUAUUGGUCUUAUUUUAGCCAUGACAAACACAUUGUGUAAGAACCGUAAAGAUAUUUUAAAAAUAUUUGCAGUCAAUCAAUAUUUUUUUAGUUUUCAAAAAAAGGUUAUAUGUAUACAUUAUUUUGUUUUGUAUCUUAAACGCACAAGUACGUUUUUAACUAACUGUACAUUAAUGUUAUGCAAUCUGAAGGAUUUUUUAAAACUAUUCCAUAAUUCAUACAGUUGGACACCAAGUAUGAAAAGACUGAUUUGAAUAUCGACUUGAUCUUAUAUUGGUUCUAAUUCUAACUACACAAUGGCAGGAGAUCUUGUCUUAUUCUUGCUAUGAUUCUGAAUAUUUUAAAACUACUAAAAUAUCAGUCUUUUCAUACUUGACCGAGCAGUCAAAUUAAUUUUAAGAAUGUCAAUUAAAUAAGUUUUUGAAAAGUUUGUGUUAUAAAAUGUAGUUGUUACGUAAACUAAUAGGUAGGGCUAACAAAUUUAUAUCUUGGAAUAUUGGAAGACGAAGGAGAUCUAUUAUUGCUUGUCGACAGAACGAAUGCUAACACACUUCUUUGAUUAAUUAACUUUUUGCUCCAACAAACUUUUAAAAAUUUACAGUAUUUUAUAUUUCAGUGUUAGUUAAUAGAAAACAUUGUAAUAUGCACUAUUAAAUUGUGACUAAAUAUGAGCUGUAAAGUUAUCGUGUCAGUUUCCUGUUAUAAAUAUGACCUACCGACCUACUUGGGCAAUAAAUUGCGAAAAAGAACCAAUACAUUUUAAACUUAGAUGAUUAAAGUUGUCUCUGAAUUUAUCUUACGCAGAUGAGCAUUUGUUGAUACCAUAAUUUUAUUUAAAUUAAGAAAUCUUUGUCAUCUCACUUGUAAGUAGAGUACCAAGAAAUUUAUAUAAUGUAGAUAGUAUUCAGUGUCACAGUAAUUAAAGUCAAAGUGGUGCCGAACUAAGCUCACGAGCGCAAGAAGUGUCUAAUUUUAUAUCCAACAAAUAUCCGUCUUUAUUUACCCCGACAUUUUAUCGAUGCAAAAUUGUAUUAUUAAUAAUAAUAAUUUUAAAGAUUUAAUUUAAUUAAAUACUGCUAUUAACAUUGUAGAUUGGUCAGUGCAAUGCGAAAAAUAUUUUAAAAUCAUAAAGUGCUUUUGAUUACGAGAAAGAUUAUUCGUUUCAAAGUAUAUUUUUUUGUAUAUAAAUUCGAUAUUAUAAUAUGUAUGUAAUGAGAUUAUUGAAUUAUUUUUGUAUCCAUACUAAUGUAUGCUGUUAUGUUGGAAAUGAUUGUAAUUUUACUUGGCAAAGGUGUAGAAAUCAGUAAGUAUGAUCUCAAGGCUGUAUUUUAAACUAGGCAUAAGAGGAUAAGUUUGUGGUAAAAGAAGCCAAAUCUGAUGAUAUUUAUAAUGGGCUCUAACGACAUGUGCCAUUAGCCUACUUGUGUCAUUGGAGAUAGUGCCGGCGGCGCAUGUCCUUAGAGUCGAGUUUACGUCGGCCGCUUCAACAAGUAGUACUGUCCCUAAUCUUGUAUAUUUAUUGCAUCGCACAGAUCUCAACAUGAAACAAAGAUAGCAGGGAUUAUUGCUGAUAAAUAUGAGGUGAAUGUAAUUGUACCUGUCCGUUGCACUGGAUGUAUUGAUUGAGACACACCUCACCCUUUCAUUGCAAUAUAGCAUCUGCUGAAUUAUUUAUUAAUUUAUCUAUGUAUAAUUUAUGUGACAAAUCGGACGUACUACUUGUUGAAGUGAUCCCGUUGUUGUACAAACUUUCAUACAGUCGCCAUUUUUGUAUAACAUGUAAUAGUAGGAUGUUUCAAUAAAUGUUAAUAUAAUAAACAAAAUAUCAAUUAAA